GUUUACGCGUUGACGUCACAGGGAAUUUCCAGUAAGGAAGUCAAACUGUCUAUUCAAACGGAGCUGUUGAUCUCGACAUGAUUUACUGUAGUCGCUCGCGACCGGUUAUUAAAUUUAAGUGAUCGAUCGGUCUUUUCUCAUCCCAGCGGAGCUUCUGCAUAUCCACGACCAUCGUCAUCUCUGAACUGACUUUCUAUCAUCUUGCGUGAGUUGGCUUCAGGGCAACAUGGCGAAAUAAACCGAAAUCUUGACUCUAAAGCCCAGAUCCCGGCUGUUUGAUGUUGAUGUUGAUCCUGAACCUCGGAUAUUUACGUUAACGUUAUCAGGAAAGGUAAGCGACCCGAGCCCUUGAGGAUCGACGCUUGUUGUCUUUGAGUUGCCCGUGUUGCCAUCUAAAGGUUGUUGUGAUACUGAACUUCCUACUUAAGCCAAAUGCACAUUUCACCUGUUUGAUGAGAUCGUUGGGAAUUAUGGCUGGAGAUGAUCCCUACCUCUCGUCUCAUGCAGGGUACUUGGACCAGUUAGACCCGUUCAGAGAGGACCCAAUAUGGAUGCCCAUGGACCCCGCAUAUCAGCCCAUGCAGCACAAUAAUUCUCUGAGGGCAGUUGAUGCACCUUAUCUGCAAAUCGUCGAACAACCAAAACAGAGGGGCUUUAGGUUCCGUUAUGGAUGUGAAGGCCCCUCCCAUGGAGGACUCCCAGGGGCCUCCAGCGAGAAGAACAGGAAGUCCUACCCGCAAGUGAAAAUCAGUAACUACCAGGGUGCGGCGCGAGUGGUCGUUCAGCUGGUGACCAACAAUCAGGAGCCACAUCUCCAUGCUCACAGUCUGGUGGGCAAACAGUGUGAAAAGGGAAUCUGCAUCGCUGACCAGCAGCCCAAAGACUUGAGCAUCAGUUUUCCCAACCUGGGCAUUUUGCACGUGACAAAGAAGAAUGUGAGUAAAAUUCUGGAGGAGAGGAUGAUCGAGGCCUACAGGAUGGGAUAUAACUACGGCGUAUACAUCCAUCCUGACAUCGAUACCCUGCAGGGAGAGGUCCGCAUGCCCAGAGAACUGACAGAUCACGAGAGGAACCUGAUAAGCACUGCGGCUGCUCAACAGUCAAAGGAGAUGGAUCUGAGCGUGGUGCGCCUAAUGUUCACGGCAUUCCUGCCUGACAGUGAUGGAGGGUUCUCUCGCAGGCUGGACCCGGUCAUAUCAGAGCCCAUCUUCGACAGCAAGGCCCCGAACGCCUCCAAUCUGAAGAUAGUGCGAAUGGAUCGGACCGCCGGCUGUGUCACGGGAGGAGAGGAGGUCUAUCUGCUGUGUGAUAAAGUCCAGAAAGAUGACAUUCAGGUGAGAUUUUAUGAGGACGAUGAUUCGGGUUUAACCUGGGAAGCCUACGGAGAUUUCUCCCCCACUGAUGUCCACAGACAGUUUGCCAUUGUCUUUAAGACACCUAAAUAUCGGGACCAGAACCUUCAGAAGCCCAUCUCUGUGUUUGUCCAGCUUAAGAGAAAAUCGGACAAUGAAACAAGCGAGCCCAAACCGUUUACCUACCAUCCACAGAUCAUAGAUAAAGAAGAAGUGCAGAGAAAGAGACAGAAGACCCUUCCCCACUUCCAGGACUACAGUGGAGCAGGAGGCGGAGCUGGGGGCAUGUUUAGAGGAGGAGGAGGCGGGUCUACAGCAGGGGGCGGUCCCAGUGGAGGAGGUAGUGGAGGGAAUUACUUCCAGGGUUAUCAAAAUUAUAACAAUUACGGGUCUGGAUACAACUUCUCUCCAGGAAUGGGUGGAGCCAGCACAAGCAUCAAACAUACAUCUCAAGAACCUGUGGAAGACAGCGAUGAAGACAGCAACAGUGAUAAUGAUGAUGGUCCGGCAGCAGGUGGUGUGGUGCGAAUCUGUGCCCUGCCUGAACCUGCUGAUCACGGGGUAGAGAGUGAAAAUACAGAGCCUAUAGAAGAUCUAGAGUCGGAUGGCCCAGAGUGUGCGAUUGAUCCACAUUUGGCAGAACUCGCGAAAAAACAGGCUGAAGCGCUCUUUCGGUACGCUCUAAGUGGUGAUCCUAGAAUGCUUCUGGCUCCACAGCGCCCCCUAAUGACCACCCAGGAUGAGAACGGAGACACAGGUUUGCAUCUAGGGGUGAUUCACAGUCAAACUGAUGCCGUGAGAAAUUUAGCUCAGAUCAUCUCUGCCCUUCCUGGAGCAGAUGUGCUGAACAUGAGAAAUGAUCUGUACCAGACUCCUUUGCACCUUGCGGUGGUGACGCAGCAGAAAGAAGUUGUGGAGGCGUUGAUGGAGGCCGAAGCGGACGUCACGCUAGCAGAUCGCAAUGGAAACACAGCUCUUCACCUGGCGGCUCAGCACAAGGAGGCAAGCGUGCUACAAUCGCUGCUAAAGCAUAAAUCGGCGCUGCGGUUAACUGGCAUCCCUAACACAGCAGGUCUUUGCCCGCUCCACCUUGCCGUCCGGGCGAACAGUUUGAGCUGUGUGAGGGCUCUGUUAGAGCGUAGGGCCGAUGCGGAGGUUCAGGAGCUCACAUGUGGCCGUACGGCACUUCACCUGGCCAUAGAGAUGGACAACCUUUCUCUCUCAGGCUGUCUCCUGCUUGAGGGUAAUGCGAAUGUAGACAGCGUCACGUAUAAUGGAUCCACCCCUCUGCACGUAGCCGCAGGGCGGGGCUCAACCAAACUGAGUGCACUUCUAAUGGCUGCAGGUGCAGAUCCACAUAAAGAGAACUUUGAACCACUUUUCUUCAAAGAUGAUGAGACGUGUGCUACAUGUGAUGAGGAGGAGGAAGACGAAGGAUAUAUUCCCGGGACAACCCCUCUGAACAUGGCAUCAUCCCCAGAGGUGUAUGAUAUUCUUAACGGACAGGAGUAUCAACCCACUACUGUUGUUGUACCACCACAAGGUGACAUGGGCAGUUUGAGUUGCGAGGUGAAGCAGGACCUCUGUCAGGCGUUGGAGGAGCAGACGGGAGGCUGGGAGAGUCUGGCUCAUGCUUUGGGACUUGGUAUACUGACCAGUGCAUUCAGACUCAGCUCCUGCCCGGCUGGAAAGCUGCUGGACAGCUAUGAGGUUUCUGGGGGAAUGGUGCAUGAUCUGAUCGAGGGACUGAAGCAGAUUGGGAACAGCUGUGCUGUAAGUUUAUUGCAGUCUGUGUGUCAGGAGACUGAAGCCGCACAAGCACCGCCUCAGCUCGCAGGUGCAGAGCUAUAUAAGGCCAUUCAGGGUUUGACGUUGGGCCGCCAGCAGGAGGAGGGGGGGAUAUGUGACAGCGGGGUGGAGACCUCUUUCUAGAACCCUAGCCGAGGUUUUGCUGACUCAUUGUGUGUCUGAUUCUGGUCCUGGGCAACCACACUUGAGGCUUGACCCUUAAGACCAGCUUCUCCCUCCUCACUACAUCAGCAUUGCCACUCGACCUCAAGACACGCCUCCAAACUCUUUGAUUGGCCACUGCCUGUUGUGGGUUCUCCUCAGUCACAUCUAAAAUCCAAAUCUGAGGCGUCCUUAAAGGGAUUUUUUUUAGCUUUUAAUACGUUAAAAGCUCUUAUAUUAUUAUUUUUUAUUGUAAGAGAUGAUGUCUUUGUUGUUUUUUAUAUUCCCAAGUAGCUGUGUUUUUAUUUGUGGUUGAGUGAUGUUUUGACUGAACCCAGAUUUUACGUCUACAAAAUCCCUGUGCAAAUGUAUAUUUCACACUUCUAUCAGGAAACUUCAUAUUUAGGUGAUAUACAGUUUUAUACCUUCUCAGUUCUGGUUUGCUAACAUGUAUUGCAUGAGAAACAAGUUGAAAAGAGUUUGGGUGCAUUUUCAGCUCCUAGUUUGAUGAGUCUACAGUGUUCUCAAAUAGUUUUUCUUUUUCAACAACAGCACACUUGACCAUAUCUUUAUAAUUUAGCUAACGUUUUAAUGCGAUGUUCUUUAUAUAUUCAAGUGCAGACAAAGUCUUUUCUCGUAGGUGUGGAUAAUGCAAGACGUUCAAGUCAGUAUGAGGGUGAAGACAAUCUAAAUAUUAUCCCAAAAGCAGAGGAGAUCUACUAGGUCUUUGACCUUCUAGAUCAGGGGUGUCCAGUCCUGCUCCUGUAACUGUCAAGCAGUCCUAAAGAACAUGAUCGACUGAUAAAGAUCGGUACAGGUGGUCUAGACCAAUCAGAUCUGUUGUAUGAUUUAAAGGUCUUUUAUAAAUACAUUAACCCCUUAAUAAGAACCCAGACAUUAACAUUGUUCUGCUGUGACGUACAGCAUUAUUUGGGCUGGGAAUUGAGCUUCUUUAUUUGUUUAGUGGUGCUACCUGCAAUUCCUACUGUCAGCUGAAAGGUUCUGUUGAAACCAACAAGGUCAUAAGCUUUAAGAGAUUAUUCUCUUUGAUUUCUUCACAUAUAAGCAGUUUUAGUCAGGUGCAGUGAUUCAUCUGUGUUAUAUGCGAUUUUGAGUGCGUUUCACUAGAUUGUUACGCGUGUUAUUUGUGUGUGAUUUAUACAGACUCUCAGGAGCUGGAUGGAAUGUGUUUCUAUCCCGGCAGCCCUUUAUUAACUGUAUGUAGUACCAUUUGGUAUGUUAAGUGAUUAAUCUCAUUCCCUUCUGCUGUGUGUAAUCUCAGGCUGUAUAAAACACAAUAGACUCCAAGGAAGCUAUGUAUUGCACCACAACAUAUACAUUUACAACGUUGUAGAACUGAUUCAGGAUGUUCAUGUGCUAUGUAAAAUUCCAUAAUAAAUACCAUUAACAAAUCCCACAGAACCCCAAACCACAGGUUUGAUAGGCACUAUGAUGUAUGUUUGGCUGUAAAUUGGUAGCUAUUUAUGUCUGUGGACCCUGUGGGGGAAAUGUUUAUGCUUUGUAAUUGGUUUUAUUGUGAUGCCUUUUAUAAUAAAAUCAUUCAUUGUAUACUA